CCGGCGCGAUGGCGGCGCUGGCGCGGCAGGUGUCCCGCUGGCCCCGCCUGGUCGCGCUGCCCCGGGCCUGCGCUCUGGGGGCCCGGAGCAGGACCCCCGCCGCGUCCCCUCGCGCGCUCGCCUCGGCCCCCGCCGGAGCCGGAGCCAGCCCGGCGUCUCCGCGCGUCGAGCCCCAGGGCGCCACGCGCUCCAGCCCGCCGCGCCUCGAGAAGCGGGGGGCUCCCGGGGCCCCGGAGCUGGAAAGGGCCACGCGGGCCCUGCUGGACAUGGGCUUCCGUGGGGACCAGGCCGCGGAGCUGCUGGGCCUCCUCCGGCCGGGCGGCCACCCCCAGCCGCUGCUGGACGUCGUUUCCGAGCUGGCGCUCCUGGGCGUGAACCCCGAGCCCGUGCGCGCGGCCCUGACGGCGCAUCCCCCGCUCCUGAGGCUGCCCGCGGCGCGGAUGAGGAAGCGCUGCGCUCAGCUGCGCAAGCUGGGGCUCGGAGAAGGGAAAAUGAAGAGGGUGCUUCUCUGCUGCCCCGACAUUCUCACCAUGCAUCAGCGCGACCUUGAGGCUAUCCUUGAGGUUCUCAGGGAUAAGUGUCUUUUCACUGUACAGCAAGUGACAGAGAUCUUGUACAGGUGCCCCUACGUGCUUCGGAUGGAUCCUGACGAGCUGGAGUACAAGUUCCAGUAUGCCUAUUUUAGGAUGGGGGUGGCUCACGCGGACAUCGUGACAUCUGGCUUCCUGCAGUACUCCAUAACCAAGAUUAAGCAGAGACACACGUUCCUUGAACGCCUGGGACGGUACCAAACCCCCGACAAGAAGGGGCAGACACAGAUCCCCAACCCUUUAAUAAAGAACAUUCUCAGAGUUUCAGAAGAAGAAUUUCUCGCCAGGACAGCCUGUUCUUCAGCUGAGGAGUUUGAUGUUUUUAAGAAGCUCUUGGCUCGGGAAGAGGAGGAGCCUGAGGGCCGGAUGCCCAAGGACAGAAGUGACAGUUUGGAUGAGGAUGAGGAGGAAAUGGAGGAGGGACAGUGAUGGAAGGCCUGGAAUAAAGAGAGCCUGGAGCUGUCAAAGAAUAUUUUAAUUUUCUCUCAGUUUGGGGGAACUUUUGGAUCGCCUCAGGUUAUUUUUCAUUCUGAACAGGCGUUUUCAUCAACAGAUGAUUACAGAUGUCAGAAGUGGUUGGGUGAACUGAAGUCAGAGACGCUUUAGUCUGUUGAGUUGUCAGGUCUGUGUGGCUUGUUCCAUUCAAUAAAAGACUGAUUUAGAGCUGUUACAAUCGGAGGACUCAACCUAGGACAGUUGAGUUUUGCUUUUUCUCUGACCUUCCAGUUAAAACCCCAUGACCGUGUGGUGUUUCAGCACCAUUUCCUUCUUGUGAUGAAGAUCAAAUCAAAAGGCAGUGAGGACUUAACAACAGAGAUCUUUAUUUUAUGGAAGCAAGUAACGAGAUUCUCCACAAAAAUAGUUGUUUUCAACUCAAUUAUAACUCUUCCUAAUUGAGUCAGUGUACAGCAGAGUUGAA